UUCAUUCUUUUAAGUUGCUUUUUCGUUUUACGAUUUCGUAGAGAGCACCAUUUGUCACCGAGUUCGACGCAACAUCAUAGCAUUACAAAUUACGUAGAAGCAGAAUAAACUGCAAAAUCAUAACCUGGACUGAUCAAAACUGUGCCAAUAACAAUUCAGUGUAACAGAUUUAUAAUUUACCUGUGAGACGAAAUCGUAUCUUAGAUCCAGUGAUGCUUUUACUUGCCUUUAACGUUAUCUGCCGCGACGUUUAUUCGAGUGCCUGAUGGUGUGGAUACUAUGUGCGAAUAGCGAUACAAUACAGCGGGACUCAGUAUGGGGGCCUUUUUAAAUAAGCCCGAGACUAAAAAAUAUAACGAGAACGGAGAAGGUAACGGUCUUCGCUAUGGCGUGGCGUCGAUGCAAGGCUGGCGCGUGGAGAUGGAGGAUGCUCACCACGCGCAACUCACUCUAAACGGAACAUUAUCUGACUGGUCGUAUUUUGCCGUUUUUGAUGGCCAUGCGGGUGCACGAGUGUCAGCUCACUGUGCCGAUAACUUACUCGAGAGUAUCUUACAAACUGAAGAGUUUCGGCGCGAUGAUAUAACGGAGGCAAUCCGCGCUGGUUUUCUAGACCUCGACAAGAAGAUGCGAGAGUUACCCGAGCUUUCGAAUGGUGAAGAGAAAUCGGGAUCGACAGCAGUGUGUGCAUUCGUGUCACCUAAGCAGAUAUAUAUAGCAAAUUGUGGCGAUUCUCGAGCGGUUCUGGCACGAAAUGGAGCGCCGAUAUUUGCUACACGAGACCAUAAGCCGGAAUUGCCUUCGGAAAAGUCACGUAUAGUGCAAGCCGGUGGUUCAGUUAUGAUACAGCGUGUGAACGGCAGUUUGGCAGUGUCGCGGGCUUUAGGUGACUAUGAGUACAAGAAGGUAAUGGAUCGCGGACCUUGCGAGCAGCUCGUGUCGCCAGAGCCCGAGGUGUCUGUGCACGAACGACUUGAUGCAGAAGACGAGUUUCUGGUGCUGGCCUGUGAUGGUGUAUGGGACGUGAUGAGCAACAAGGCUCUGUGCGCAUAUGUGCACUCGUUACUUCAGCUCACGGAUGACCUUGUGGCAAUCACUAAUCAGGUCAUUGACACAUGUCUUUAUAAGGGGAGCAAAGAUAACAUGAGCAUUGUUCUGGUGGUGUUCCCUGCUGCACCGAAGCCAAAUCCUGAAGCUCAAAGAGCUGACCGGGAACUGGACGAGACGCUCCGACAACGGCUCACAGUUUUGAUAGAGCAAAGUGCUGGACAAGAAGAGGAAACUUCCAACCACUUCUCUCACAUGCUCAAAGAACUGGUGAAAGAGAAUAUACCCGGUCUGCCGCCUGGAGGUGGUCUCGCUGCUAAACAAGCGCUGCUGGACAAGAUAUACAGGGAGUUCUACCCGGAGCACACCGACAGCUCGGAGAAGUUCGACUGCCAAACCGAGCUGGCGGACGCCUUCGGAGCCAACUAGAACGCCACGACGGUCCUUACGUAUUGAGUCUUAAAACAUUCGCCAUAAGGACGAAGAUCCUUCGCCGGUAACUAACUUCCACUUUAUAAAACAUAUCUCUAUUCUUGAUAGAUAAAAUUCCUAUAUAACGAAUUAAAUUAGUUCAAUUUCUCGUUUUGAGAUAUUUUCACAGAUUAAAAAAAAAAUUAAUCAUCGAUACUAUUUCUUAUCUGUAUUAUGGACCAAUAGUAGUAAACGGUUUUGAAAUUAAAUCGUUGGUAAUCUUUAUCAAAUUUAGACUUUCAUAUAUGCAAUAAAGACAUUGUGAUGUCGUAAGAGUAUAUUCUGGUAUGCAAAGUUUUAAGCCUCAAUAGCGUAAGUGCGGUUUCGUUUUGUAAUACAAACGUAUUUUUUUUUUGUAACCGCUAAAGUAUAUUCAUCAUUAUUGUGUAAAUUAAAAUAUAUUUCAUAACGGAUAAAGCUGCGAUUCUAAUGCACAUUUUGCUGCGUAUACUUUAGCGUUGUUUUCAAACAGAGUCGCACUCACAAUGCGGUGUGUAUGACAACUUGUUUUUGUACAUAAAAUAAACGUGUCUCGAAAUGAAUGCAGUGUGAAUGCGAAUCUGUUUUGGUUUGGUUCCUUCGUCUGUGUCGAUUGUCGUUAGAUUUUAAUCGCUUUGUAAAAAAUCCCGCUUCUAUCACCAUACAAAUGCUUGUCUAUAGAAAGAUAAGUGAUUAUGGUAGGCUAAAGCGACAACGACGUAGCCGGGGAAUUACCAAGAAUAAAGAAAUUUUAAUAUUUAAUACUCUAGCCUUAUCUGCUGUGGAUUGAGUCAUAGAUGAAAUUUUUUUCUCCCUAAGAUAAGGUUAUGUGUCUUUAUUUCUUAAAAUACGAUCCACGGCAGUGUUUCACCUGAAAUUAUUAAUUGGAAAAUGCAGCACUAUACGGCACAAAUUUUUAAUUUCUUCCGGACAAUUUUUCCUAGUACAAUAGUUUAAAAAAUAUAUAUAAUAAUGAUAAUAAUUGUAAAUCAAAGCCUGUAAUUAGAUUUUCGGUGUACGGUUCAUUUAAAAAAAAAAUUCAUCCCUUGUUCUGUUCAAUUGACGUUCGUGUCAUAAUACUAGAUGUGUUAUAUAGUGAUUCGAUUUAAAUAAAUAAAAAGUUUGAACUUAUUUCGAACCUCUUUAUUUUGUGUUGUCUAUAUCGAUUUAAGCCGUGUUAAUAAUCUGUGAACUCUCGCAGCAUUGAAAAGAGCGGCAAUUAAAUAAUGCUGUAAUUUGUUUAUAAAAUUUGUAAACAUUAAGAUUAAUUAAUACAUGUGCAAUGUCACAUAUAUGAAAGUACAAAAUACGACGAACAUUGCUCAGUUGAUUCGUAUCUGUAUAAAUUAUCUUAAUUUAUGUAUAAAUAGAGGGGUUUUGUUGUUACUUUUGUUUGAUAUUAAACAACUACGGAUAACACAAAAAUCAUGACGUUAUUAUUAUUAUAAUGAAAUUUUUUAUUUGAUACUUCUUCCCCCACCCAGCCUGCGACAGUUCACAGAUAACGAAGGUUUCUUAUAUUUCAGUUAGGCCAGUCACCGUUAGUGUUUGAAUAAAACUUUAGUUGUAA